AUGUAUGCCAACAUUGUCCUCAUCGCUGCCCUCGCCGCCGCCGCCGUGGCAGCACCCGUCAACGUGCAGGAGCGCCAGCUCGAUGCCGUCGGCAACCUUGCCGAUGGCCUCACUGGCGGCCUUACCGGCGGCCUUCUCGGAGGCGGUGCCACAGGGACGGACGGUGCCGCCGGUGCCUCGGCAUCUGGCUCAGCGGGCGGUUCGGCAGGUCUUUUGGACCCCGUGACUGGCCUCGUCGGAGGGCUCACAGGCGGGCUCACAGGCGGCCAAAAGAGUCAGCUUGGUGGCCUUCUCGGCGGUGCCACGGGCACAGACAGUGCCUCUGGUGCUUCGUCCUCUGGAGGCGCAGGUCUCCUGGACCCUGUGACUGGUCUUGUUGGCGGUGCCGCCAAUGCUGCUGGUGGCGUGGUGGACGGAGUCGGUAACACCGUUGGCAACACAGUUGGGGGUGUCGUUGAUGGCGCUGAGGGUGUAGUCGGGAACACUGUCGGGGGCAUCCUCAAGGAAUAG